GCGAGAGCCGGGGCGGGGGCGGGGGCUGGGGCCAGGGGGCCGGCAUGGCUGAAGGCUACGCUCCGCAACCUUGAAAAGCGGCUGCGGCUGGAGGCCGAGGACAGGGAGGAGGGUGCGAUGGCAGAGCGCGGCCCCGGCAGCUGCGCCGGGCCGGGCGGGCUGGCCUGAGCUGCGGGAGGAGCGGGGCUGCCUCUGCGCUUCCAUGGAGCAGCGGGAAGGGCGAAACUCCCCAGCGCCGCGUCCCUGCGCUGCUGCGGCGCGCUGCUGAAGGAAUCGGUCCACGCGGAUCGCCGCAGGAGCAAGCCCUCGCCCCAGCCCGCAGGCCGGCUGUCCCGGGGCGACGGGGGGCGUCGGAGGGCAGCAGAGGCGCGGGGAGCCAGAGGGGAGGCCGGCGCGGGCGGCGGCCGCAGCAAUGCCGGGCCCGCUGGGGCUGCUGUGCUUCCUCGCCCUGGGGCUGCUCGGCUCGGCCGGGCCCAGCGGCGCGGCGCCGCCUCUCUGCGCUGCGCCCUGCAGCUGCGACGGUGACCGUCGGGUGGACUGCUCCGGGAAGGGGUUGACGGCCGUGCCCGAGGGGCUCAGCGCCUUCACCCAAGCGCUGGAUAUCAGUAUGAACAAUAUUACUCAACUACCAGAAGAUGCAUUUAAGAACUUUCCUUUUCUAGAAGAGCUACAAUUGGCUGGCAACGACCUUUCUUUUAUCCAUCCAAAGGCCUUGUCUGGGUUGAAAGAACUCAAACUUCUAACUCUCCAGAAUAAUCAGUUGAAAACAGUACCCAGUGAAGCCAUUCGUGGACUGAGUGCUCUGCAGUCUUUGCGUUUAGAUGCCAACCAUAUUACCUCAGUCCCAGAGGACAGUUUUGAAGGGCUUGUUCAGUUACGGCACCUGUGGCUGGACGACAACAGCUUGACUGAGGUGCCCGUGCAUCCCCUCAGCAACUUGCCUACUCUGCAGGCGCUGACCUUGGCGCUCAACAAAAUCUCAAGCAUUCCUGACUUCGCAUUUACCAACCUUUCAAGCCUGGUGGUUCUGCAUCUUCACAACAAUAAAAUUAAAAGCCUAAGUCAACACUGUUUUGAUGGACUAGAUAACCUGGAGACCUUGGAUUUGAAUUAUAAUAACUUGGAGGAAUUUCCUCAGGCUAUUAAAGCCCUUCCUAGCCUAAAAGAGCUGGGAUUUCAUAGUAAUUCUAUUUCUGUUAUCCCUGAUGGAGCAUUUAGUGGUAAUCCACUCUUACGAACCAUACAUUUGUAUGAUAAUCCUCUAUCUUUUGUGGGAAACUCAGCAUUUCACAAUCUAUCUGAUCUGCAUUCCUUAGUCAUUCGUGGUGCAAGCAUGGUUCAGUGGUUCCCCAAUCUGACUGGAACUGUCCAUCUAGAGAGUCUGACCUUGACAGGUACAAAGAUAAGCAGCAUACCUGAUAAUUUGUGCCGAGAACAAAAGAUGCUUAGGACUCUGGACUUAUCUUACAACAAUAUAAGAGACCUUCCGAGUUUUAAUGGUUGCCAUGCUCUAGAAGAAAUUUCAUUGCAACGUAAUCAAAUCUAUGAAAUAAAGGAAAAUACUUUUCAAGGCCUGGCAUCCCUAAGGAUUCUAGAUUUGAGUAGAAAUCUGAUCCAUGAAAUUCACAGCAGAGCUUUUGCAAAGCUUGGGCCAAUUACUAAUCUAGAUGUAAGUUUCAACAAAUUAACUGCAUUUCCUACGGAAGGCCUGAAUGGGCUAAAUCAACUGAAACUUGUAGGAAACUUCAAGCUGAAAGAAGCCUUAGCAGCAAAAGACUUUGGUAAUCUCAGGUCUUUAUCGGUACCAUAUGCUUAUCAGUGCUGUGCAUUUUGGGGUUGUGACUCGUAUGCAAAUUUAAACACAGAAGAUAACAUCCUCCAAGACCAUAGUGUGACAAAAGACAAAGGUACUGGUGAUGCAGCAAAUGUCACAGGCAAUGCUGAAAAUGAAGAACAUAGUCAAAUAAUUAUCCAUUGUACCCCCUCAACAGGUGCUUUUAAGCCCUGUGAAUAUUUACUGGGAAGCUGGAUGAUCCGUCUUACUGUGUGGUUCAUUUUCUUGGUUGCACUAUUUUUCAACCUACUUGUCAUUUUAACAACAUUUGCAUCUUGUACAUCACUGCCUUCCUCCAAAUUGUUCAUAGGCUUGAUUUCUGUGUCUAACUUAUUCAUGGGAAUCUAUACGGGCAUCCUAACUUUUCUCGAUGCUGUGUCUUGGGGCAGAUUCGCUGAAUUUGGCAUUUGGUGGGAGACGGGCAGUGGCUGCAAAGUAGCUGGAUUUCUUGCAGUUUUCUCCUCAGAGAGUGCCAUAUUUUUAUUAACAUUAGCAGCUGUUGAAAGAAGCUUAUCUGCAAAAGAUAUAAUGAAAAAUGGGAAGAGCAGUCAUCUCAAGCGGUUCCGGACUGCUGCCCUGUUUGCUUUCCUGGGUGCUGCAGUAGCAGGCUGUUCCCCUCUUUUCCACAGAGGGGAGUAUUCUGCAUCACCCUUGUGCUUGCCCUUUCCAACAGGAGAGACGCCAUCAUUGGGCUAUACGGUAACCUUAGUGCUGUUAAACUCAGUAGCAUUUUUAUUAAUGGCCAUUAUCUACACUAAACUUUACUGCAACUUGGAAAAAGAGGACCUCUCAGAAAACUCACAGUCUAGCAUGAUUAAGCAUGUGGCUUGGCUAAUCUUUACCAAUUGCAUCUUUUUCUGCCCUGUUGCGUUUUUCUCAUUUGCACCAUUGAUCACUGCAAUCUCAAUCAGCCCUGAAAUAAUGAAGUCCGUUACUCUGAUAUUUUUCCCAUUGCCUGCUUGCCUGAAUCCGGUCCUGUAUGUUUUCUUCAAUCCAAAGUUUAAAGAAGACUGGAAGUUACUGAAGCGACGUGUUACCAAGAAAAGUGGAUCGGUUUCGGUCUCCAUCAGUAGCCAAGGAGGUUGUGUGGAACAGGAUUUCUACUAUGACUGUGGCAUGUACUCUCACUUGCAGGGUAACCUGACUGUGUGUGACUGUUGUGAAUCAUUUCUUCUGACAAAACCAGUAUCAUGCAAACACUUAAUAAAAUCACACAGCUGCCCUGCAUUGGCAGUGGCUUCUUGCCAAAGACCAGAGGGUUAUUGGUCUGAUUGUGGCACACAGUCGGCCCACUCGGACUAUGCAGAUGAAGAAGAUUCCUUUGUCUCAGACAGUUCAGACCAGGUACAGGCCUGUGGAAGAGCCUGCUUCUAUCAGAGCCGAGGAUUUCCUUUGGUGCGCUAUGCUUACAAUCUACCAAGAGUUAAAGACUGAACUACUACUGUGUUUGUAACUGUUUUCCCCAUCAACCAAAAUCAGUGUUUAUAGAGUGGACCCUAUUCUGAUUUUUUAUCUGGGAGGCACUUCUGUAAAUCACUGCCUGGUGUCACUUAGAAGAGGAAGGUGGCAAUUUAUUUCUCAAACCAGAUGUUUUCAAAGAACAGGUGCAUAAAUGAUAAAUUAGUGAAAAAUGUAAUGUCCAAGCAAUGUGUGGCCUAUUUGACGCAAAUAUAACUUGAACAGGAUUUGGGGUGUAGGAUAGCAAUAUAAAAUUAAGUUUUUGUGAUCCAUAAGAUGGAAAUUUACAUCUCUUUCUGAAUUAAGCACAAGAUAGAGAACAGCUGUUAAUAUUUUUUAAAGUAUAUUAUAAACUGUGAUUUUAUAAAAUGGAAAUGUCUUGCUAAUUUUACCUAAUGUUUCAUCAUUAAUCUCAGGACAACUUACUACAGGGCCAAAAAAGGGAUUAUCUUCCAGCUAGAACAGUGAGGGUGCACAUAGGCAUUACUUUCUUGUUUCCUAUUUCUAUCUUUGAUGUAAGAGAAUCAUAAAUUUUGUUCACCUGAUUUAUAAAUGUAAAACCUGAAGAUGUUUUAAAGACAAUAUUAACAGCUGUUAGAUUUAAAAAAAAAUAGUAAAUUUCUUUUUGGUCCUUACACAUUGCUUUGGUAUGAUCAUCAUAAUUAUUUUCUAGUAUUUUGCAGUCAUGCUACUGGGAAAAAAUAAAGAGCUAAUUGCUGUAUGUGUUCAGUAGAUUUGGCUAAACUACUAAUCUGGAGAUUUUAAUAGUACCUGAAGGAUUUUAUGGCUCCACCUAAUGUUCCAUUAAUAAACACUUCCUAGUAUCAUUGGCUCUACUGAUAUUUUCCAAUUUUGUUGGUAUGUCAUCCAUUUAUAGUUUGGAUUAUACAGAAAGUAAACUGGGAUAAAUAAUCUUAUGUAAUUAGAAGAAACUAGGAGUAGUAGCUAUGACACAAAGCACUUACAUUUAUUUCUUAGUCAGCUGGAUUCUCCUGUGCUAUUACAUGGAAGCUUCAAUACGAUUUUCCCAAAUUAUGAGUUAUAAAAAGCUAUUCAAUAGCUCAGAUGUUGAGCAGGCCUCGUGGUGCAAUGGUAGCACAUCUGACUCCAGAUCAGAAGGUUGCAUGUUCAAUAGCUCAGAUGUUGAGCCUGGUUAGACAAGACAAGUAUGUCAUUAAGGGGAGGGGAGAAAAGGAAUGAAGCUUAGUCCUAUGUCUUUAAAAAUUAAAAAUUUUACUUGAUUCUCAUCUUUGGGCCUCUGACAUGUGAAGUCUUAAAGUUACAAGUGCUCAACAUGUAUUUUGAAUAAUGUUGAAUCAAUAGCAAACCCACUGCCAUGUUUAGUUAUUCUGGAUAUUCAAAAGAAUUAAGCUAGAUUGCAGUUUAACAAUUAAACUGUACAUACUGUGCAUAUAAUGAAUUUUUAUCUUAUGUAAAUUAUUUUUAGAACACAAGUUGGGAAAUAAGGCUUCUGUUCAUUUUGUUUAAUUAAAGCUACCUCCUAAACUAUAGUGGCUGCCAGUAGCAGAAUGUUAAAUUGUGGUUUAUAUACUUUUUUUGGCAUUGUAAAUAGUCUUGGUUGUACAUUGUCAGUGUAAUAAAAACAGAAUCUUUGUAUAUCAAAAUCAUGUAGUUUGUAUAAAAUGCGGGAGGGAUUUAUUUACAGUGUGUAAUUUUUUAAGGUCAACUAUU